CCGGAGGGCGGAGUCCAGGCGGGCGCCGGCCGAGGGAGGGGGUGCGGUGGGUCUGGAGUCCAGCGUUCCCUCAGGCCGUGGACGUGAUGCUGGCUGCUGUGGGUCGGGCGGCUGGGCCAGCGGGGAUGUGACGGGCGGCCCCUUGCCUCACCUGCCGUCCUUUGGCCUGUAGGUCGCUGGGCGACCCGCAGCCGGGCCGCGGCUGAGGAGGCAGCGCGACCUCCGCACGGCUCGGGAUGCGCAGGCUCAGCGGCCAUGGCUCACCGGCCUAGCCGCUCCGCGGCAUGUGGGAUCCCCGCAGACCGGGGCACGAACCCGUGUUCCCUGCAUCGGCAGGCGGACUCUCAACCACUGCGCCACCAGGGAAGCCGCAUGACUGCAUUUUUUAAUUGGUUAACCGACUGCAUAUCAGAUUUUGUCAAAUUUUAAGAACAAAUGCACCAUAUAGCUCAUGGAAGAAAAAACACAAAUCAAGACUUUUUUGGGUUCCAAGUUGCCAAAGUAUGGAACAAAACCUGUAAGAAGUACACUGCAGCCAAUGCCAAAUGGAAAACCUGUUAAUUUAUUGGGAACUUCCAAGAGUAGUAAUGCCAAAAGUUACAUCAAAAAUAAUGGCUCUGAUUGUUCAUUGUCCCAUUCAUUUAAUUGGAGAACGGCAAAUAAAUACCAGUUUAGUGCACAAAGUCCUGAAGAGCCUAACGGUACUCAGAGUUCACAUGAUAAAGAAAUUGAUCCUGAAAAACAUGCACCUGCUCAAGGAAUGUUUGAUCAAAAUGGGAUGAAGGGAGGUUUGAAAAGUAUUUCUUUACUCACAUCAAAGUUAGCAAAGACAUCUACUAUGUUUGUGUCAUCUGCAGAAGAGUUAAACCAAAAGUCUUUGUCUGGACCGUCUAAUUUGGGUAAAUUCACCAAAGGCACAUUAUUAGGAAGGACUUCAUAUGCUUCAGUCAGUGCUCCAAAAUCGCAGUUGAGUGGAUUUUAUGGAAACCGAUCAGCUGGUAGCAUACAAAGUCCUAGAGCAAACUCCUGUGCCACCAGAAGCAGCUCUGGAGAAAGCUUAGCACAAUCCCUAGAUAAUAUUAAAUCUCUUGCUUGUGAAAAAAUGGUUAGGUCACAGAGUUUUUCACAUUCCAUUCAGAAUUCAUUCCUUCCACCUUCAUCUAUAACCAGAUCACAUUCCUUCAAUAGAGCUGCAGAUCUUACAAAGCCUUAUCAGAAUCAACAGCUACCCAUUAGAGUGCCUCUGAGGUCAAGUAUGCUAACAAGAAAUUCUCGGCAGUCAGAAGUACUCAAUGGGAAUGAACAUUUAAGGUAUGGAUUUAAUAGGCCUUAUGCUGCUGGUGGAAAGAAGUUGGCUUUACCAAAUGGCCCAGGUGUAACUUCCACUUUGGGUUAUAGGAUGGUUCAUCCCUCUCUACUGAAAUCUGGCCGACCUCCGUUUUCUGGGACUAUCACAGUUGAUGGUAAUAAAAAUUCACCGGCUGACACAUGUAUAGAGGAAGAUGCUGCACUUGUGGCUAAGGACAGAGCUAAGGAUAAGGACCAAGAACUAAUUGACAAUGAUAGUUAUAGAACAGAAAAUGACCAGACCAUGAAGCAUGAUGCUAAAAUUAGAUACCUGGGUGAUGAUGUGGAUGACAUUUCAUUGUCUUCUCUGUCAUCUUCUGAUAAGAAUGAUUUAAGUGAAGACUUCAGUGAUGAUUUUAUAGAUAUAGAAGAUUCCAACAGAACUAGAGUAACUCCAGAGGAAAUUUCUCUCAAAGAAGAAAAGUGUGACAAUGUACCACCAAAGGAUAUAUAUGAUUCCCCCAAGGAAAAUGAAAAAUCCUUCAGUAAAACUGAUGAGUGGAUAGAUAUAAGUGUCUCUGACAGGAGUGAAUGUUCAAAACAUGCUUCUGGAAACAACUUGAUUUCACCAGAUACAGAUUACAGAGCUGGUUCUUCAUUUGAACUCUCUCCAUCUGAUAGCUCUGAUGGAACGUACAUGUGGGAUGAAGAGGGCUUGGAGCCCAUUGGAAAUGUCCACCCAGUUGGGAGCUAUGAGUCCUCUGAGAUGAACAGCAUAGAUAUUCUGAAUAAUCUUGAAUCAUGUGACCUUGAGGAUGAUGACCUUAUGCUUGAUGUGGAUCUGCCUGAGGAUGCACCUCUUGAGAAUGUGGAGUGUGACAAUAUGAACCGCUUUGACCGAUCAGACAGAAAUGUUCGGCAGUCUCAAGAAGGAUUUUGGAAAAGGCCACCCCAGAGGUGGAGUGGACAGGAACAUUACCACCUUAGCCAUCCUGACCACUAUCAUCACUAUGGAAAAAGUGACUUGAGCAGAGCCUCUCCCUAUAGAGAAUCUCCUUUGGGUCAUUUUGAAAGCUAUGGAGGGACCCCCUUUUUCCAGGCUCAGAAGAUGUUUGUAGAUGUACCAGAAAAUACAGUGAUACUGGAUGAGAUGACCCUCCGGCACAUGGUUCAGGAUUGCACCGCUGUAAAAACUCAGUUACUCAAACUGAAACGGCUGCUGCAUCAGCAUGAUGGAAGUGGUUCAUUGCAUGAUGUUCAACUCUCCUUGUCAUCUAGUCCAGAACCAGAAGAUGGUGAUCAGAUAUACAAGAAUGAAGAUUUAUUAAAUGAAAUAAAACAACUUAAAGAUGAAAUAAAGAAAAAAGAUGAAAAAAUCCAACUAUUAGAACAUCAGCUUGCAACUCGGUGUAACUGCCAUCAAAAAUCUAAAGAGGAAAAACGCACAUAUGCUGAUAAAUAUACCCAAACACCCUGGAGAAAAAUUCCUCCUCAAGUACUACAGCCUUCCAGCAGCCUUCCCAGACCCACAGACCACGCCCAGGGAAAACUAGCAAAGCCACAACAUACCGAGGCCCACAGUGAGUGCAUAAUCCAGGGCAUACAUCAGGCUGUUGCACCUCUGGAUGAAAGCUUUACACACGGCUUGCAACAAGAAAGCAGCAGUGGUCUGGAAGACCGGCCUUUUUCAUCAAGCCCACAAUUCACUAAGGAUGUGGUGAAGAGUACACCUUCUGAAGCAGACUUGAACAUGACCAUGAAUGCUCAAGAGCCUUAUCAUUUGGCAAAUAAUCAAAUUAGUGACAUGCAAUUUGUGACCACUUCUCUUCAGACACUUCCCCAGUCAAGUAUAGUAGACCAGGCUAAGAGAGUUGGAAGAAAUCAGUCUUCACCAGAGGGCUACACAUCUCAGCCCAAGUCCUUGAAGCUUUUUAAGCCAUCCAUCUUGAAUUCUGUGGUACCUCCUCCAGUUCCUGAAACGUGUCCAAGUGGGAAUCCCACUUGUAAGAAGUCACCAAUAAUCACACCAUGUAAUUCUGCAAAACUCCAGCCAACAUCUAGUCAAACAAAUCUUGCAAAUAAUCCAAAUCCAAAAGCAUCUAAGCUCCGCCCCCCUGCUGGCUCUUUCAAACAAAAACAAAUAAGCAGCCCCCAGCUAGAGCCUCAAAACUUCCAGGCCAAGACAAGCAUCCCAAGGCCAUUAACAAGAAGAAAAGAAAUCAUGCAGAAUCCUAAUGACAAUUUGAAUUCUGGGGAUUGUUUGGCCUCUAAUCAAUAUUCUCGACUUCCUAAACCAAAGAUACAUUAAGCAUAGCCAUCACCUGCCAAUUUGUUUUUUUUAAAAAACAGUCUGUAAUAGCUUUAUGUGCAGUUUGCUACUGUGAUGGAGGUUCCAUUGAAAGCUUGCAAAUCUAAAAAUUAAAAUGUGGAAGCUUCUA